AUGUCAACCUUCCCUCCCCUAGCUUUCAUCUGGGAUGAUUUAAUAUUGAAACCGGUGCCAUGUGUCCAACAACAGUUGGUUGAGAGAACAAAUCCGGACCAAGAAAAAUCCACAUUAGGUGGACAAAAGACUUCCAUACAUUUUAACGCCAUCUACUCUGGAACUCCUUCACUAGCUGCGUGUCGGUACAAGCAUUUCACGGCUUUCCUCGAGCCGGAUUUUCAGAACGGAUUCUAUUUACUCUUCAAAGAUCUUAUUGUGUCCGUGGUCGUGGAAAAUGGGAACUGGCGAAUUGGGUUGACAAUUGGAAUGUGGCCUGUGGCUGUGGGAACGAGAAGGAGGAGCAAGAAGGUCGUGGGAAUUGAGCUGAAGCCUAAGGAGGACUGGAGUCUGGAGGAGGAGGACGGAUGA